GUUGACACUGCGGCCACGAGACCCGAGGCGAAGCGAAUGCAGACUGACGCGGCGUCCUGGCUGCUGCCACCCAUCGUGCAGCAGGUCGUUCACGGCUUGGAUACGACGGAAGACGUCAUGGCCUUUCUCGACGCGGUGCCCAGCGGCGCCCGUGACGAGCCUCUGGACGCGCUGAUGACGCUCUUGGAGCAGAAACCUCAUCUCUGGCCGGAGACGAAUAUGGACGACUUGACAUAUAUGGACAUCUCGACGGUGACCAAGGCGCUUCUAGCAGUCCGCAUGCUACAGCUCUUGCCAUCGACCAACGUCCGCGCCAUCAUCGGCGACGACACGCGGAGCCUCGAAUCCAAGUUUGGUCACUGGUCAUCGAGCAUUGCCAAGCUCAACUUUUACCUCCAAGAUACUACUUGUAUGUUGGACGGCAUCAACCUGCAGAAGCAGUGUGGGGUCACGAGCUCCAAAUGCACUUGGUCCUUCGAGAGCGGGCGGCGGAGCGAGGUUGGCACCGACACCCGCCAUGGUGAAGACGCGCAAUCGCAGCUUGUGCAGCUUGAGCUGAGCGGCGACGACGUCUCGCUUCAUCUUCCAGCGCGUUUGGGUCUCUUGACCGCGCUUGGCGCCACGUCGCUGAUGGGAAUGCAGUGGACGAGGACCCGGACGCAACCCAACGACCACGAGGAGACACAAAAGCCCAGCAAGGCGCACCACAUGGCGGCCAUCACCGCCUCGUGCCCGAUCUUGACCGCUUCCACUUCGAUGCCGACAUUGGGCCGGACGUGCCAAGCUGCGACGCGCUUGUCGCGUGGCUCAAGCGAACCAAAGCGCGGCAUUUUGUGCUCCGUCACGUGGACUUUUCACGCGAGGCUGCCAAAGCCUUGGCAACACGCGCUGCGUACGACAUCAACACUCGGAACGACCAAGCUCGCGUUCGCAUCGAGCGUCCUGGACGCGCUUCUCGAUCCGUCGUCGCCACCAGUGCCUCGCCAGCUCCACACCUUGACGCUAUCGCCGCGGGACACGUGGGUCGACGAGACGUAUGCCAGCGACAAGCUGGCGUCGUCGGCGGUCUCGCGCAUGACGCUUGGCUACGAAGACUGCGACGUGACGCCGAUCAUGACGGCGUUACCGCCAACACUGUUGUACCUCAAGGUCAACUAUGCCACGAUGACGCGCUUCCCGCUGCUGCCAAAACUCCAGCACCUCAAGCUGGAAGGUGUGACGUUGACCUCGAACGCCAAUCGCGACAAGUCUCUCCAUGUACUCCUGACGCUCUUGGGAGACACGGAUGUGCUCGACGUGUUGAUCAUGGACGUGUCGACCGUGACGACGGCGCUUCCAGCGCUUAGCAUGGUCUUGGCCAACGACGAGCCUCCCCGUCAUCCGCUUUUGUCGCAUCCGCCGAGCUUUGGCAAUUGGCUCGCCAACAUCACCGAGCUGGCCAUCUACGCUGCGAGCUCGCCGCUGGACACAUACGGCCUGCCGCACGAGCUCGCCGCAUGUGGGAACCUCAAAACGCUCGGCAUCGAGUGGGACAAUCCCAUGGAUCAAACGCAGGUGGACUGCGUCAUGACUGCCAUCGGCGCCACUUGUCCCGAUCUCUGCGAGCUGCGGCUCAACGCAAACGUAAUGUCCAAUCUCAAGAGCUGCGAGAGCCUUGUCAAGUGGCUAACACGGCCGCAUGCGUGCAGGAUCGAGAUCAAACGCAUCGACUUUGCAAUGGCCGCUGCCAAGACGUUGGUGCAUACGCUGCAGACGUCGACGACGUUGCACACGAUCAACGAUCAAGCUCGUCGACAUCGCUAA